AUAUCAACUGGUCCCUGAUGAAAGUCACAUGACAGAUUGUAAACACCGUAAACAUCACAUGAGAGAAUACUGACAUGGCAUUAUUUAAGUUCAUCAGAGGUGACGCAUUUGUCAGACACAGGAUGAGGAAACUAACUGUGAUCUGCCUUGUCAUGAUGAUAGCUGUAAAAGCAGCCAAUAGUGAAUGCAACUUCCCCUCAAGCCUCUGGUGCUCGUCCAAGGAAAUUGCCAAGGAUUGUAAUGUGAGUGAACAGUGUAGGACUGCGAUGAAAAUGGACCCGUUUGCCGGUCCUGUCAACAUGACAUUGUACUAUGAGUCACUUUGUCCGGACUGUAAAAACUUCUUUGCCAGGCAGUUAAACCAAACGUGGUAUGCUCUCGGUACACAUGUACUCAAUUUAACUUUGGUGCCAUAUGGGAAUGCAGAUGAAAAACUGAACAAAGAAACUGGUACCUGGAUAUUUAACUGUCAACAUGGAAAAGAAGAAUGUAUUGGAAAUGUUAUUGAGACUUGCGCUAUAAACAUCCUUGACAACAUCAGUGUAUAUUUCCCAUUCAUAAGCUGCAUGGAAAGUAAAAAUAUUUAUCCCGACAAGGCAGCUAAACAGUGUGCUGAUGCAAUGGGUAUUGACGUAAAUCCAAUAAUGACAUGUGCCAAUGGACAAAAGGGGAAUUUAUUGGAACAUGAAAUGGCAUUGAGGACUAAUGCCUUGAAACCUUCGCAUAGAUAUGUUCCAUGGGUCACAAUUAAUGGGGUUCACACAGAGAAGAUGGAAAGAAUGGCUGAAGAAGAUUUGCUCAGUCUUAUCUGUGAAACAUACAAGGGUGAUCCGCCAAAGAUAUGCCUCCAGCAUCUUAGUAUGGAAAGGAAAAGUGUAAUGGACAGUAAAAGAAAUGGCAUCAAUUAGUGACAACCCCAAGGGGCCUUCUAAUGGGAAAUAUUGAUUUGGAAGAAUUACAGCUUUAUGAAUAAAUCAAAACAGAAAACCACUUAUCCGUUAUGCUAAAAAGGUUCAAUUUAUGUAAACUAAUUGAAUAUAGCAUUCUAGCACAUAUUCUAAUUUUGUGCCAUAUUUCACUGUGAAAAGUGUAUAUGUUUGUUACACCAGAAUCAAAUGACCUUUAGAGAAGGUCCAUAAUGCUUUAAUUUUUUUCUUAAAAACAGAUGAAACAGCUUUCCAAAUAGAUGUCAUGCGAACUUACAUGGUUAGAAAAGCACUACUUUUAAUAUUGCAUAUGAAGUGUUAUAGUUAGAGCCAUAAAGGGAGGUAAUAAAAACAAUAGAUUCAAUAAAACGUUAUGGCAUAUUCAGCAAUACCUAUCCCUUUAACAAAUGUUAAAGAAAGUAAUAAUCAGAGAUAGGAUUUAACAAGAAAUUAAUGUAUUUUAUGUUCAUAAUGGAAAUUGCGGCAGCCACAUUUUUAACAGUGGCAUUAUGAUGUCAAAUCUUUUUUUCUAAUUCAGGGGCCUUCACGGCCCAAGUGGUUAAGGUCGCUAAAUUCAAAACACUUGACCCUCUCUGAUAUGGGUUAGAAAAUUAUGCUGUGGGUUAAGAGACUUCAUGCGUGGAAGCCAUCCAGCAGACCUACAGAAGAUUAUUGGUUCUACCCAGGUGCCUGUCUAUGAUAAAGUAAUGCUUGGAUCUACCUCUGCCAUCAAAUUUUGAAAAGUAAAAAAAAAGAGAAAAAAUUGAUAUUGAUAUAACACAUUGAUAAAUUUUUAAUUGUAAAUAGAAAAAAAAAAUUUUAAGAUUUACAAAUGUAAUUUUAAGGAAGUAUAAAUUUGCUUCAGUAUUAUUUGAACUUUGCAGAAAAAUAUGACAGAAUAUUUGUAACCAUUUUGUUAUACAUAGUACAUGUACUUCUUUGAAGUACAGUAUAAAACUUCUAUCCAUUUUGCAGCAAGUACCAAAGACUAUUUUUAAGUAGUAAUUCUUUUGAUUUUCAAUAAGUUAUAAAGGUCAGUAUCAGGGGUACUUCCAUAUUGAUAUCUAUGCAAUAAGAUAUGCCGCAACACAUGCUUUCCAUGGACAAUGUCCAGUAAAAUUCACUUAUAUGACAUCAUGCAAUAUGUAAACAAGUACUGCUAAUUCGGUAUUGUGUUCUGGGACAAUAUAAUUCAUAGGAAUUAGAAUCCGCUUGCAGUGUAUACCUAUGAAGAUACCUCAGAAGAAACACAUUUUAAAAGUUCAUAAAACAUUUGACAUAAAUUCUGGAAGGGUGCCGUGUUAACACAACCUGAGACACAAUACUCAAUAUCUCAAAGAUACUCAUUUAGACAUGUUAUUGUAUUUAAUUGAUUGAAAUGGUUUUAUAAAAAGAUACAUGAUAUUUACAUUUUUACGAUAUUUUCAAAUGAUCUUAUUUUAUUGGUAUUCUGCGAUAUUUUCAGAUGAUCUUAUUUUAUUGGUAUUCUGCGAUGGUGAUUGUGCCUUUACUCCAUCUCAGUCUUGUCAUCACUCCAUCACGAUUGUUCUGUCAGAAUUACCUUAAUGCAGGCUUUAACUGAACACUAUAGCGGGUAAUAUUCAAUGGUAGUAACAUUUUGUUUCAAGGUAUACUUUAUUUUAUCUCCUUAAGUAGGUAGCAACACUGUUUUUGUUAUGUAUGACAGCCUUUAUAUAUAAUAAUCUGUCAUAAACAUAAGUCUGAACUGCUUUUCUUAACAUGUGAUGGAUUUUAACAAAAUUUUACUUGAUAUUUAAUUUUAUUCACAACAUCCAUAAUUUGACAUGGUUCAUUGAAACAAGGUCAACCCAUGGUUCUUUUAAUAUUUACCCUUAUCAUGCUGGACCUGACUGAUCCGCCUUUGUGACCAGUGUAAAUCAUGAUCAGCCUGCACAUCCAUGCAGUCUGAUCAUGACCUGCACUGUUUGCCAUUCAGUCAGUAUCUUUUUGGUAAGCACCCCUUUUAACAGUUAGUGGUACUGUCCAAAUUGAAAGACUGACAAGUUCAUUAUAGAAAUUCAGCAGGGUAUGGGUUAAAUGAAAUUAUUUGAUUCAUAUGGUGGCUGAUUUCUGCCAUUUUGCCUUCAAAGGCGCCAGCUCUCGCAGUAUGUCAGAACAAUGAAAUUUAGCGUGCCAGUAUGACAAGUAUCUUUAUUGUCAUAUCAGUGACAAGUAUCUUUAUUGUCAUAUCAGCAUGCCGAUUUGUCGUGUUUGUGCAUUUGAAGUAGGCCAACAUGCCAGGACACUAAUUUAGUGCACCAAUAUGUUACUAGACUUAUAAGCGCCAAUACUCCAGAGAAACAAGAUAGUGCGUCAACAUGACAAAUUAUGUAUUUGUUGUAGUGGCUUGCUAAUUUGUCAUGUUGGCGCAUUUGAAGAGCGCCAACAUGCCAGAAUGAAAUGGCAGAAAUCAGCCACCAUAAAUUCUGGUUUUUCAAAAAAUGAUUAAUUUUUAUUUUCAAUUAUUAUAGAUAUUACUUGAUUAUAUUUGAUUUGGCCUUUUCCAAUGACAUACUAUUUUAACAUUUGAUAAAAGCUGUAUUAUCAAAAACUUAUUCAUAACAGGAAUUUUUAGAGUUCUAUUUACAAGGUGACCGUAUUUUGAUGUCAGUGGAAUUUUCUAUGUGAAAUUGUUUUACUCAAGUUACAGAAGUGAUAUUGUAUGUUUUACAGACAAAACUGUGAUAUAUUUGCAUAAAUGUUUCAUUUUGGACAUUUAUUCUGCAUUAUUUGAUAUUCUGAUAUAAUUAUGAAAUCAUUAUCUUAGUUUGUUUUGGUCAUACAUGUAUAUAUGAACGUCUGUGCAGACUGAUAAUGGUCUGCACUGUUUGCUAUUCAGACAGCAAAUUUUCACUGAACACCCCUUUGAAUAAUAAAUGGUACCACCCAAAUUGAAUGAUGGACCAGUUCAUUUUAGAAAAUUAGGAGGGUAAAGGUUAAGAAGCCUCCUUACAAUCCCACCUGGUGUGAGAAGAUGUUUGCUUGUAUGAUCUUCAGAAACUAAGGAACACUUGCAAAGACAUACAAGAAUAACUAUUUCAACAUGAAUGGCAGAAUGUAGUUAUGGGUGCAGUAUCUUAAACACAUAGUGGUAUCAUACCAUCACUAAGUUACAAUUAUUUUGGAUUGUUAAAAUUUGUACUUAAAGGUUGUAUAUUUAUUGUUGUAAUCAAGUGCAUAUUAAACAGGAGGGAUCUACUGAUGAAUGUAAAUAAUGUUAAAGUAUAAUAUAUCAAAAUAAAUCGUAAAAAUCA